UGUGGGUUAUUUUGAUCUUGUUCUCCACUUUCGUUUAUUAACAUAUGCUUUAGCUUCUCUAGGGCUCCAUUUACUUCACUUGAAACACUGCUGAGCUCAGUUUGGCUUUUUAGAUUGUUUGUUCAUAGACUUUUAAGUUACUAUUUAUUAUAUAUUGGGAUGGCUUUCUCCCGAGGUGCAAAACGUCCAAUUGAAUUUCUCUUCAGCUGGUUUGGUAUUUCUAGAUGUUCUGGGCAUUGUUAUUCUUCUUCGACAUGCAGAGGGUCUCACAUUUCUGAAGUUAGUGAAGUCAGAAGCUUAUUCUCCUACAACUAUGGUGGUUCUAAAUGUGUUUCUGCACAGAAGCUGUUCUUGAGAAACUUCAGUGUUGAGGUUCCUGCUCUGGACCAGAUGAAUCUUAUCAAGCAGCUGAGGGAAAGAACAAGUGCUCCCAUAAAGGACGUCAAGUCUGCUCUUGUUGCUUGCAAUUGGGACCUUGACGCUGCACAGAAGGACUUGAGAAGAAGAGGCGUAGUUCUAGCGUCAAAAAAGUCAUCCCGAACUGCUACAGAGGGUUUACUUGCACUAGCACAAAAUGAGAAAAGGGCUGCUGUUAUUGAACUUAACUGCGAGACUGACUUUGUUGCAAGGAAUGAAAUAUUCCAAUACUUGGCUUUAUCUUUGGCAAAGACAGCUUUGUUGGUUGAAAGUUCUAGUGAGCAAAUCUGUACAGAACUUCCUGUUGGACCUGAAUACUUGGGGGACUUGAAGAUCAGUCUGGAUCAUCCAAAACUAAGUGGAGAAACAACUGUGCAAAGUGCAAUUACAGAAGUGGCUGCAAUGGUGGGGGAGAAUGUAAAACUUAGAAGGGGGUUAUCAGUGUCUACAUCUGCACAUGGUGUUGUCUCUUCCUACCUCCAUACUUGUCCCCAACCAGGUUUGGGUCGUAUUGCGGGAAUUCUGACUCUGGAAGUAGAGGAUGAUAGUGUUCGGUUGGAUGCUCUCCAGGGAAUUGGUUCACAAUUGGCAAUGCAUAUAGUGGCAGCAAAACCAUUAUUCUUAUCAAGGGAGUCUGUUUCUUCUGAAGCAAUAGAGAGUGAACGUGAAAUACUGAAGUCUCAGGCAGAGGCAACAGCAAAAUCUCAGAUGGCCAUAGAAAAAAUGGUGGAAGGUCGUCUGCGGAAGUACUUUGAGGAAGUAGUUCUUUUGGAGCAGAAGUUUGUUGUGAAUGACACAAUUAAUGUCAAGUCACUACUAAAUGAUCUAUCAAAGGAAGUGGGCUCACCUGUGAAGAUAGGUAAAUUUGUCAGAGUGGAAGUUGGAGAAGGAAUUCAGAGGCUAGAAAUGCCCAGUACAUGUGAAGUGGCUCAGACUGCUUAAGUUGAAGUGAUUUCAUGUCCUUGUGUAGAAGACAUAUGCCUGCCCUCAGAGAAAGUUGCUGACAGCCCAAGUGCCCAACAAUAAUUUUGGCGUUUUCUGUUGCAAGGGUAAGAAGGGCAUUAGCUAUGCUCAGACCUUGUUUGAUACUUUUUACCAGUUUUUCCCUUUAUUUUUUGUCAUGAACGAUUAAGCAGGUCUAGCAAAAAUCAAGUUGUUGGGAUUGAUCUUGGUUUCAGGCAUGCAAGAGCUCACUAUAAACUUAUAUCCUCCAAUCAUUUAUUCUUUAUUUCUUCCUUGUUUCCUUUUGAAUACUGUUGAGCUUCGUUGUACCAGAUAGUAGUCUCCUUUCUACCAGGAGCAUAAAUUUUGCACUCUUUUUCUGGGUUAGCAGACCUUAUUAUCUAUAGAUCUCCGACAGGAAAUAUAGGAUCAUACCUUAUAUUUGUAUA